UAGAGGCGCAAACUCCACCUAGCUGACGGUGCGGCGAGUAACGCCUAUAAAGCGACCACAAAUGCAAGGUGCUAUUUCUUGCUGUAGAUAGACUGGUCGCAAACAUAUCGCCGAACAACCUCACCCUCGGCGUUCCUCCGGAUUUCGCUUUUGCCACCGUUUCUCGAAGACGCUAUGAACUGUCUAAUGGGAACGGUUCGAUUCUGGAGGCACUCGUCUAUGCGGGUCAUAGCCGUCGCUCCCUCGACCAGGAGCAGUAGCAGCGAACGCGACCCGAAGACGUUUCUGUGGCUCAGAAUGCACAACUACCGGGACAACCUCAAAGCCCUGGACAGUGUCCGGUUCAGGCGGCCGGCUACCGAGGACUUCCAGUACCUGGAAGUUGGAUGCGGACCCGGGAACUUCACGACUGAAGCCCUCCUGCCUCGACUGCGUCCAUGCCGCCGCCUGGUGACCACUGACAAGUCGGCGUCCAUGGUGGGCUACGCCCGCGAGCACUUCCGAGACCACCGGGACGUCGCCUACGAGGUCCUGGACAUCGAAUGCGGCGGCGAAGCCGCCAACCAUGCCGAGUGUAUCGUGGACACGUACGGACCGUUCGACCGCGUGUACUCGUUCAUGACCUUCCACUACGUGCGAGACCUGGAGCAGGCGUACCGCAACGUGUUCUUGUGCUUGAAGGACGGCGGCGAGUGCCUGACGGUGUCGUUCACGGGUGCCGCGAUCACCGACGUGUGGUACCGGCUUUGCAACGCCGAAGAGUGGAAGGCCUUCCUGCCCAAUCCGAAGCAGUUGCUCUCCGAGCGGUUCUGCUACAGCGUACCCAUACCGGAGGAGAGGAUAGCGAGCGAAGAGCGGCUGGCAAUCGCCGCUGCCGGAAUGGAGCUUGUGUCGUGCCGAAUGUACGAUAGCGUCUGGACGAUGCCCGACUUGGACAGCUGGCUUGAUUGCUACGUGCCAUUCUUCAGGCUGGACGCCCAGGUGCCCGAAGAGAAGCGUGUCGCCUUCUUCGACGCCUGCAGGUCUCCGCUCCAGGAAGCCUCGACCGCGACGCCCUAUGGAGUCGGUCUGAGGCACAGCGUCAUCGUGGUCCACACGCAAAAGCCAUGUCGUAACACUGACUUCGAUUCGCGAUAGACCGUAUAAUGCGACCCCACAAUACCUGCACUCAGUGGCUUGCCCCCUUGAGGGGCCGCCGGACUGAGGCGCAAACACCCUAUCGAAUCAGCAGUUCGAUCGUUCGCGAAUUGGGGUAUAUACUGAAGGGCGUUUUAUGUCGCACAUAAGAUAGCCGCUGAUAACAUAAAUCGGGCCAUCAAAGCACCGCCACAACAACGUAGCGAUGCAGCCCAUGUGUGCGCUUUUUAGACCCCAUUGCGCCGAUGCAGUCCUCAGAGAUGCGUGGACUGCGUUUAGAUAAAUGUCAUCGGAAGAGCGCGCAGCGCCGGACGUAAGGAUUGGUGAACUGAAGCUGCU